AUGGCCGAGCACGAGAGCCUCGAGUUCGGCAAAGCCGACUUUGUGCUUCUGGACACCGUGUCCAUAGAGGAGUUUAUGGCCAACCUCAAGCUCAGAUUCGAGAAAGGGAAAAUCUACAGUUACAUCGGCGAAGUGGUGGUGUCAGUCAAUCCCUACCGUGUCAUGAACAUCUAUGGGCGCGACAUGGUGGAGCAGUACAAAGGCCGCGAGCUCUAUGAGAGGCCACCCCACCUCUUCGCCAUAGCAGAUGCUGCCUACAAAGCCAUGAAAAGGCGCAGCAAAGACACCUGCAUUGUCAUUUCAGGGGAAAGCGGGGCCGGAAAGACGGAAGCCAGCAAGUACAUCAUGCAGUACAUUGCUGCUAUCACCAACCCCAACCAGCGGGCUGAAGUCGAGAGGGUGAAGAACAUGCUGCUGAAGUCCAACUGCGUCCUGGAGGCCUUCGGGAACGCCAAAACCAACCGAAACGACAAUUCCAGCCGCUUCGGGAAGUACAUGGACAUCAACUUUGAUUUUAAGGGGGACCCGAUUGGCGGACACAUUAGCAACUACCUACUAGAGAAAUCAAGAGUGAUUUUUCAGCAAGAAGGCGAGAGAAGCUUUCACUCCUUCUAUCAGCUACUAAAAGGAGCUCCUGAUGCCCUGCUUCAUUCUCUCCACAUUCAUCGAGAUCCCAAAAUUUACAACUACAUUAAAGUGGGGGCCCAGAUAAAGUCCAGCAUCAACGACAGCGCGGAUUUCAGAGCCGUGUCAGACGCCAUGAAAGUGAUUGGCUUCACAGGGGACGAGAUCGGAACAGUCUACAAGAUCCUGGCCACUAUUUUACACUUGGGGAACUUGACAUUCGCUGUGGACGGCGACACGACGCUGAUAGAGACCAACAAGCUGGUGUCGGUGAUGGCCGAGCUGCUGUCCACCAAGCAGGAAAAUGUGGAGAAGGCUCUGCUGUUCCGCACGGUGUCCACGGGCCGUGACGUCAUCGAGAAGGAGCACACGGCGCAGGAGGCCGGUUAUGGACGCGAUGCUUUUGCAAAGGCAAUGUACGAGCGUCUCUUCUGUUGGAUUGUGGGACGCAUCAACGACAUCAUCCAGGUGAAAAACUACGACGCCAGGGUGCACGGGAAGGACACCGUCAUUGGGGUUCUGGACAUCUACGGCUUUGAGAUCUUCCAGAACAACAGCUUUGAGCAGUUCUGCAUCAACUAUUGCAACGAGAAGCUGCAACAGCUCUUCAUCCAGCUGGUGUUAAAGCAGGAGCAGGAGGAGUACCAGCGAGAAGGCAUUCCUUGGAAACAUAUCGACUACUUCAACAACCAGAUCAUCGUAGACCUGGUGGAACAGCAGCACAAGGGAAUUUUCUCCGUGUUGGACGAAGCCUGCAUGAAUGUGGGCAAAGUCACCGAUGAGCUUUUCCUGCAGGGACUCAAUGGCAAGCUAGCCAAACACGCCCAUUACACUAGCCGCAAGCUCUCACCGACUGACAAGAGUUUGGAGUUUGACCGAGAUUUUCGCAUCAGACACUAUGCUGGAGAUGUGGCAUAUUCGGUGGUCGGAUUCAUUGACAAGAACAAAGACACGCUGUUUCAGGACUUUAAGAGGUUGCUAUACAACAGUUCCAACCCGGUGCUGAAGGCCAUGUGGCCCGAAGGCAAACUGAGCAUCACAGAGGUCACCAAAAGGCCGCUGACUGCCGCCACCCUUUUUAAGAACUCCAUGAUCUCCUUGGUGGAAAACCUGGAGAGCAAGGAGCCCUACUAUGUGCGCUGCAUCAAGCCGAAUGACGUCAAAUCACCGCUGCUCUUUGAGCGCGAGCGUUGCCGCCAUCAGGUGGAGUAUUUGGGCCUGCUGGAGAAUGUGCGAGUGCGCCGUGCCGGAUUCGCCUACAGGCAGACGUACACACGAUUCCUACAGAGGUACAAGAUGAUCUCAGAGUUCACGUGGCCCAAUCACGACCUCCCCUCAGACAAGGAGGCGGUCAAGAAGCUCCUUCAGGGGUGCCGAUUUGACAACGAUGUGGCCUAUGGAAAGACCAAGGUGUUUGUGCGCACGCCACGCACACUCUUCAGUUUGGAGGAGCAGCGCACUGAAAUGCUCCAGAGGAUUGUUCUGUUCCUGCAAAAGGUUUGGCGAGGCACAAUUGCCCGUAUCCGCUACCGACGGAUGCGUGCAGCCAUGGUUAUUAUCCGGGCUUACCGCCACUAUAAAGUGAAGUCAUACAUUCGUGAGCUGAACCGCCGCUUCCGCAACGUGCGCUCCAUGAAGGACCGUGGCCGGCACAUCAAGUGGCCCACGCCGCCUAAAGUUCUGCGCAGGUUCGAGGAGGCGCUCAGGAACAUCUACAACAGAUGGUGGGCCUGGACACUGAUCAAAGGCCUGACUGCAGAGGAGGCUCUGCAGGUGAGGGCCAAAGUGGCAUGCUAUGAGGCUCUCAAGGGCCACAGGAUUGACUUGGGGCUGCAGAGACCCUGGGAAGGAAACUAUUUGAAGCGAGACAGUCCCAACAGCACGGCGUCCUUCACGUUGGUCUCCAGCGAGCUGCAGCGCAGAGAUAAAUUCAUGCGGGUUCUGUUCGCGUGCAACGUACGAAAGAUCAACCACUUCCACAAAGCAGAGGACCGAGUUGUGCUCAUCACCGACCGCCACCUGUACAAAAUGGACCCCCUCAAGCAAUACAAGCCCAUGAAGAGCAUCCCCCUCUACAACGUGACGGGCAUGAGCGUGUCGCCGGGGAAGGACCAGCUAGUGGUGUUCCACACCAAGGACAGCCGCGACUUGGUGGUGUGCCUGCAGGGCCUGGUGCCCGCCAACGAGAGCCGCAUCGGGGAGCUUGUGGGAGCCCUGCUCAGCCACUUCAAGAGCGAACGUCGGCGUCUCCAAGUGAAUAUCGCCAGCCCCAUCCAGUGCAGCAUGAACGGCAGGAAAUGCAUGGUGGUAGUGGAGCCCAAAACCAACCAAUCGCAACCCGACUUCACCAAGAGCCGUGCCGGCUACGUGCUAGCCGUGCCUGCCAACUGA